AUGCAUGAAGGGAAUAAGGAGUGGAAUAUUUCCUUGCUGCACACCUUAUUUUCUGAUGAUGACUGCAGAAAAAUUACACAGCUUCCAACCUCUAUUUUCCAGAGAGAGGACGAACUCUUUUGGUGGCCUUCGAAAUUAGGGGAGUAUAGCGUGAAAUUUGGCUACUGGUUGGGGAGACUUGGGCACUUGGAGGAAGCCGAAAGCCAACUUACUGAUGACGACAGAGAGAUAUGGCGUGUGGUUUGGUGCUCCCACAGACCCCCGAAACUCAAUUACUUUGUCUGGAAAGCAUGUAGAGGGAAUUUAGUAGUGAAAGAACUUCUUCAACACCGUCACAUUGCUCCUGAUGGUGUGUGUGGUUGCUGCAGAUCAGAGAUUGAGUCUGUAAACCAUGCCUUAUUCGAGUGUGCCUAUGCGAAAGAUAUUUGGGAUGGAAGUGAUUUUGUUGAUAUUCUCAUAGAUGCUCCAAACUCUUCAUUUAAGACCACCCUUCUCUGGCUAUCCAGGAAGCUUGAUCCAAUUCAAUUAACACGUCUAUUAGCGAUGGCUUGGGCAACUUGGUUCUGUAGAAACAAGCGCAUCUUCGCAAAUGCUAGCCUCAGUGUGAAGUAUGUAGCUGUCGGUUUCGUUAAAAACGUGUUAGACUAUAAGGGGUAUGCUCAGAAAGUCUUUAACAAAGUGAGUGGCGCGAAUCCUAGUUUUGCUUCAAGGUGGAAUUGCCCUCCUGUAGGUAUGAUAAAAAUUAAUGUGGAUGCACACUUAGCUGCUGCUGGUUAUAUUGGUUUAGGAGCUGUGAGUAGAGAUCACCAUGGCUCUCUCAUAGUUGAUUCUGUACGCAAAGUCUCAGGGGUGUGGGAGGUCGAUCUCGCAGAAGCUGCAGCGAUAAGGUAUGGGAUGCAAGUGGUUGUUAGACUUGGUUUUCGCAAGGCAUGGGUCAAAAGUGACUAUUAG